UGCCUGUUUACUGGAAACCCCAUUUGCACGGUGCAUUCCAGUUAGUUGUAUAACUUUUAUUGAGAAUAUGUGCAGCAGAUUUUAAACUAUGAGGUUAAUGGCUAAUAUGAUUCAUCGUUCUUGGCUUGGAAAUUUCAAACCCCAGUCCGGGGUAGAUAUGCAGGUGUGUUCCUCUCCCCUAUGUACCCCUGAUAGGAUGACACGGAAAACACAUGGGCCACAUUUCCUGCUGUUUGUGGAAUGCGCAACCCGCCCAUCCUCAGCUGAAUAGAGUCUGUAAGCACUGUCAAUGCAGCUGCGCUCUCCUCUAUUUCCUAUCUACUGGCUUUACUAUACACAGAGCUGUGAGAGAAGGAAAUCAAGGCUUCGAUAGCUUCCCUCCUGCUUUAAGGUAUAGAAUUCCUCCCAGCCUGCGCAGUGUUAAAGCAUUCUAAGCUGGUCAAGCCCCCAGCCUACACUCAUGACAAACCCUCCCUUCUGUAUGAGCUUGAAACUCUGCCAGUGCCGCUGCGCUCAGCGUUGGAACUUCUUGUGUUGUCGUUCCUUUUCUUUCAGGACUUUUGCAGCUUUCACUGGAGCAGGGCCCUGUAACGUUGGAGUUGUGAGGCAACGAUGGACGCCCCAGACCCCCACAACCAUAGCCUGCCUGUGAACGAGUCGGAAGCAGACUACUUCGAGUUUUUUAGCCCCAGCUGCGAGGUCACGCUGAGCCACAACAGCAAGAAGAUCGCUCUCUUUGUGCUCUACCUGGUCAUGUUCGUGGCCGGGCUGCUGCAGAACCUGCUGGUCAUCUGGGUCAACUGGCACUCGCGGCGAGCCAAGGACAGCUCCUUUAACCUCUACAUCUUCAACUUGGCCUUGGCCGACCUGGGUGUGGUCCUGGUUAUCCCUUUCUGGCUGGUGGAUGUCCUGUUGGAAUACACCUGGCUGUGGGGGUUCUUCUUCUGCAAGUUCACCCAUUUCUUCUACUUCGUCAACAUGUACGCCAGCAUCUUCUUCCUCACCGCUUUCACUGCGGACUGCUACCUUUCCGCCACCUCCAAAUGGCCCUUCUGGCACAGACGUCAAGAGCUCAUCCGAAGGGUGGUUUGUGGGUCCGGCUGGGCUCUGGCUUUGGUGCUACCCAUUGCUGAGACCGUCCACGUGAAGCUUACCAAUUCCGACGAACCCACAUGCAUGUUCUUGGCUCCCUGGGAAAGCUACGAAGCCUGGACUUUAGCCAUGACCCUGCUGAAUUUCAUCUUCGGGUUCGUGAUCCCCUUCCCCGUCAUGCUGGUCUUUAACCUGUUAACAUCCAGGCAGCUGCGGUCUGCAGGCACAGCAGACAGCAGGAGGCAAUGUCUUCUCAUUUACACCUACAUACUGGUCUUUGCGUUGAGCUGGCUCCCCUUCCACUUGGUGCUCAUCCUCCUCACCAUGCACGGCACCCACUUCAUGUUGGACUGCUACUUCCUCCACGUGCUCUACUUCUUUUACGACAUCAUCGAGUGCCUCUCCAUGCUGCACUGUGUGCUCAACCCCAUCCUGUACAACUUCCUCAGCAAGUCCUUCAGGAACAGGUUCUUCUCUGCUGUAGUGCACUACCUGCCAAAGAACCGGAUAGGCACCAACAACCAAGAACUGUCCUCCAGCACGCAGCAUUCUGUGGUCAUCGAGAACAAAGAGGUCCAGUAGACGAUAAGAGCUUGGCAGGGUGUGGAUUCCUGUCUCCUAUCGAGAUAGCGCUUGGGUAGUGCAGUGAUCCACUCUUGACAAGUUCACCUGUCAGCAACUGUAUGUCAAUUGCAUGUUUUCUAUCAAAUGAUGAUGGUCUCUAAUAUGUUAACUUGCAUUUUGUAGCAUGGGUUAGCGUGGCACUAAAGAAGCCUCUGACCCUACCAGCCAGCCAGGUUUCAAGCCAUGCAUUUCCGAAAUACAAGAACAGCUCAUUGCAGCAGUUUAUUUUUUAUCAGUAAAACAUUUUUACCUCUGGAAUCGUCCAUUAUUGAUACACCAGCUUUCUAGUCCUGCAUCAGGAAUUACUGUCGCUUUCUUAUACUGCACUUUUACCAGAGCAGCACUAGGAGGCUUUGCAGAUUGAUUUCGUACCAGUCUUUGUAGCCCUCCGGGUUUUCAUUUUUUUGCAUGCCUCUGUGCACAGGUAAUUUUUUGGAAUUUCUGACACUGUUCAGUGUUGAACUAAAUGCAUAAUAUAUAUAUAUAUAUAUAUAUAUAUAUAUAUAUAUAUAUAUAUUUGUAUCUACGACAAAAAACAGUUACAGAACUUGGUGUGCAAAGUACAAAAGGAAAUGUUAAAUUCAUAAUUGUCCAAUAGUUUGACUUCUCCUAGCUCUACCCACCAGAACGAACAUCCUCCAGGUCACACAAUGAGUGUUGGGUGUAUUCAAUACUGUUUACUAAAUUACCAAACUUUUUUUCACUAUCGCCACUUGCACCCAAGGGUCACUUUAUAUGUAACAUACACCAUAUUAAAUAUUUGUCAUCUUACCAGUAUAUUUUAAAUGAGCUACACCUAUUUGAUAGCUUGAAAACAUGGGACUGCAGAUUGGAGAAAAAUAAUAAUAAGCAUUUAUAUCGUCAUAGAGCAGUGUAGAGAAGCGGCGCCAAGAUCGACAAGCAUCUGUUGUCACCCAAGUAAACUGCGCUGCAGUAUUUGACUUGGAAAAGGUACUUCCUGAAGGACAAUCCACCUUCCUGACCCACCCCAGACCCCUUGUUAUCUGGUUUCCUUCAAUUGUACUCGCAGUUACUUAUCAAGCUCCAAAGCCUAAAGCAGAGUCAGCACAUGUAUUCAGCAAGAACUCCUAUCUUUGACCUGGGGAGGGAGGGUUUGCUCAACCACUAGCGCCAACCGCCUACAUCAGUUUAUUUGUUGCCGGUCAACCCUCAAGCUUUAAAAUUAUACCUACGUUAUUAGUGGGGGAUGGAGAAGACUAACGACGGACAGGUCACCGCAAUAGGCAUUUUUCAAAAGACGCGUGGGCCGGGAUACACGUUUAUUUAUUUUGCAAACAUUAACAACACCCACCCUGGAAGCCUCUUCUCUAUCGCGUUACGGUGCGUCGUGCAAGCUUACAGAAAAAAAAAAAAAAAAAAAAAAACAGUUCCAGGCUGGUUAAGGUCAGCAAAGCGUUACACCUGACAGCUUUACGAAACAGUAGAGACUCGAUACACAAAAUACUUCUCACUCAAAGCAAGUUUGGCUGGGCAGUUCUUGUUUUCUCUCAUUAAUUGUAGUUUAAUAGGAUCCGAUCGCACCAAAAGGGACGUCACGUCCCGACACCUUUGGUCAGCUCUCUGGCGAUAACUUGUUUAGCUUGUGUUAUGUUAUCCAUCACGCUUUUAAAAGGUAGUUUCUGCAAAAGAAACAGGAAAGGGUACUGUCAGCAUAAUCUUAGAUCCUGCAACAGGCCGCAUACAAACAGCUCUGACCUCUCAGCGCAAGGAGGGAAACAUAACAUUCGCGUUUCAGUGCUGUUUGUUAGACCCCAGUAUUUUUCCAGAAGACAGUUCAAUUACCUUUCUUUGUAUUUGUGUGCAGGGGUUGGGGGGAAAUCAUCAAAAAAGUAUUCAGUAGCAUGGGCCAGCAUUACCCAGAGCCAAAAGGGAGAGGAACGGACACAGUGGCAAUCUUAAAAAAACAUCUAACUAGCCCUGCCGCCAUAUUUCAUCAAGGGGUCACCACAAUAUCCCCUGACCCUGUCUCCAUUGAAAAAGAGGCUGUGCUUUUGCAUUGUAAAUCAUAGCUAGAACAAUACAAAGCAAAAACAGACGACGGCAAAAAAUCUGAAAUAUCUAUCUACAAGUUUCUAGUUUAACCUCAGAAUUUAGGAUAGCGGGUUUAACUUUCAGUGCCGUCGAUAAGAGGUCAUUUUACAGUCUGUUUUACGGCCUUGCUUGAUAGCGAAGCAAGAAUUGCUUCCAAGAAUGAUUGUGGGGAAGUAGAUUGGCAGCGCGCUGUGUAGUUGAAUGUCUACAGCUGAAGCAUUGUGCACUGAAGCCUGUGCAACACCAACAUACUCCCCCUAGCAACAUCACUCAAGCUAUCCUUCAUAGUUCUUCACAUUUCCACAGCUGCAGCUCAAAUGUACAGUAAUUACAAGGGUUCUUGGGAGAUAAAGCCUGUAUUCGACCUGCCAAAUAGAAUUCAUUAAAACUGGGGUUGAAGCCACUUUUGCUUACCAACUCCCAAAGACACGAAAUCCUUUUCAUCGUAACUUAACGAAGGAAUUUGAUCAUUUUUCUCUCUCUGGCUAUAGAUAUCGUAUUUGGGAAUUGCUUAGAACCUCCUGCCAAUGCUUUAGCUCCAGUGCACAUUAGAAAACAGACCUGCUUACUCUGUUUCAAGAUAUCUGUCUGCUGCCAACCACAUGUUAUCGUGUUGCUUGUAUUGUAUUUGUCCUUUGUUAUUUUCCAAUGUAAACGAGGCCUUUGUCUCAACGGGUAAAUCUCCAGGUUAAACAAACAUGCAAAUACAAAAUUAAACUAAUUCAACCUGAAAAAUUGUGUUAAAAAAAAAAAAAAAAAAAAAAGUUUAGUUAUUAACCAGACAGAUACGUACCUAUUAAAAAACAAAACAUAUUUUAUUAACUAACAAUUGUAUUAAAACAAAAGUAUAUUACAAUAAAGAGAUUCUGGUGUUUAUUUGUUAAUACCCCCCCUCAUUGUGUGUGUGUGUGUGUGUGCAAAAACCAACUCAUUAAAACUGUUUUUCACAGAACGUACGAAUCACAAGCAAAAAAUGUAAAGAA